AUGCCCAAAGGACAACAUGAGCACGGCCGACUUGGAGACACGCUAGACACCAUUGCAGGCGUGCGCAUACCCAACAAACCAUCAUCCUCGCUAUGGGACAUUGCCAUCCAGGACGGACGGAUAGCUUCGAUUGAUGCCCACGCUUCCAAAGGCACCAAUAUCGCCUCUAGUGCCCGCACGUUGGACGGAGCGAAUCGCCUCAUUGCCCCCUCGCUCUGCCACUCCCACAUCCAUCUUGACAAGUGCUUUCUUCUGCAAGACGCAAAGUUUAGUCAUCUCCAGAUCGAAAGCGGCGAUUUCAAAGAAGCCAUGGAACUGACUGGGGAAGCCAAGUCCCAUUUUGAAGAACAAGAUCUGCUUCGAAGAGGUCGGCAGCUCAUCCAAGAGAGUAUUCAACACGGCGUUACAGCCAUGCGAGCGUUUGUUGAGGUAGAUGGAAUAGUCGGGGAAAAAUGUCUGCAUGCAGGGCUGAAGCUGAAGAAAGAGUUCAAAGAUCAAUGCCAAGUGCAGUUAUGCGCAUUUGCCCAACUGCCACUGUUCUCUGGCGAUGAUCGUGGUGCAGCCGUUCGUAAGCUGAUGAGCAGAGCAGCAUCGUAUAGCGCAGUCGAGGCAUUAGGCAGCACUCCCUACGUGGAGGACAAUCAUAGUCUUUCCAAAGACAAUGUCCAGUGGGUCACCCAGCUGGCACUGAGCCACAACAAGCAUUUAGAUCUCCAUCUUGACUACUUUAUCGAAGAAGGUAAACAGCCUCUGGUGUGGGAUGCCCUAACACUCAUAAGAGAGCAGCAUUGGCUGGAGCGUACAGGCAAGACGAUAUCCUUCGGACAUUGUACUCGUCUGUCCAGAUUCCAAGAGGACGACUGGAAGAAGUUACGGUUAACGAUUGGCGAGCUUCCCGUCACAUUUGUAGGCCUGCCUACCUCGGACUUGUUCAUCAUGAAGACGCCCGACGAUGCGCGUGCAACUUUGCCCGUCACUGCCCUCAUCAACGAGUUCGAGUUGAACGCUACUAUUGCGCUCAACAACGUCGGGAAUGCAUUCACGCCUACUGCGAGCUGUGACCCAUUGAGCAUUGCACAGCUUGGGGUUGUGCUAUAUCAUGCGGGCACAAAGAAGGACACUGAGCUACUCUACGAAACCGUCUCCUCCCGUGCUAAAGCUGCCAUUGGCGUGGAGGGGACGUCGCUAAGUCUCGAGGUCGGAGAACCGGCUGAUUUUGUGCUGUUCGAUAGAAUGGAUGUUGGCUGGAGAUGCAGGAAAAGCGUCUCAGAGGUGGUGUACGAUGCUGGCCAAAGCCGUCAAACGAUUUAUCGAGGCCGAGUCACUGCACACGAUUCAAGGUAG